AUGCGAAUCCGUUCCUCAUUCUUCUCUAUCUUCCUCCUUCCCUCUUCUCCUUCUCAUUCUCUUAUUUCUCUCGAUUCUCCUCUCUCUCCGGUCUCCGCUAUGUCUCAUGCUAAAUCCCGCGAAGACGCAAAUGGUGAAUGUCGUGAUUCGAAAUCUAGGGUUACCAUCGUUGGAAGUGGAAGUUGGGGGAGCGUCGCUGCUAAGCUCGUCGCUUCUAAUGCCCUCAAGCUUCCUUCGUUUCAUGAUGAAGUGAGGAUGUGGGUGUUUGAGGAAGUCCUACCAAAUGGUGAGAAGCUCACUGAUGUCAUCAACAAGACCAAUGAAAAUGCUAAUUACCUUCCCGGGAUUAAGCUAGGAAGAAAUGUUGUUGCGGAUCCUGACCUUGAAAAUGCAGUGAAGGAAGCAAACAUGUUGGUUUUCGUUACACCGCAUCAGUUUAUGGAUGGUAUAUGCAAGAAACUAAAGGGAAAGAUAAAAGGAGAGGUUGAGGCUAUAUCCCUUGUCAAAGGAAUGGAAGUGAAGAAGGAAGGUCCCUGUAUGAUCUCAAGUCUCAUCUCCAAAGAACUCGGUAUCAACUGUUGUGUUCUUAUGGGUGCAAACAUCGCAAACGAGAUUGCUGUGGAGAAGUUUAGUGAAGCAACGGUGGGAUAUAGAGAGAGUAGAGAAAUAGCUGACACUUGGGUUCAGUUGUUUAGUACUCCCUAUUUUAUGGUCACACCGGUCCAUGAUGUUGAAGGAGUAGAGUUGUGUGGGACAUUGAAGAAUGUAGUGGCUAUUGCAGCAGGUUUCGUUGAUGGUUUGGAAAUGGGUAAUAACACAAAGGCUGCAAUCAUGAGGAUUGGUCUAAGAGAGAUGAAAGCACUCUCCAAGCUUCUGUUUCCAUCUGUUAAAGACAGUACUUUCUUCGAGAGCUGCGGUGUAGCAGAUGUCAUAACAACUUGCUUCGGAGGAAGAAACCGAAGAGUUGCAGAAGCAUUUGCCCAAAGCGGAGGAAAAAGGUCUUUUGAUGAGCUUGAAGCAGAGAUGCUAGAAGGGCAAAAGCUACAGGGUGUUUCCACGGCAAGAGAGGUGUUUGAGACUCUGAACCAUUGUGGUAAGUUGGAGAUGUUUCCGCUGUUUUCAACGGUUCACCAAAUCUGCAUAGGUCGUCUUAAACCUGAUGCCAUUGUUAAUUACCGAAAUUUUGGUCCAAAUCCAAAGCUUUAAUGGCUUGAUCGAACACAGUCGUAUUUUCAAUGUCGUAAUCAGAAGUACUGGAUUUGUUAACUAAUUUUGAAGAUUCACGAACGCGAUUCACAUGACUGUUAG